ACACCGGGUACCACUUCUGGUUCAAGCUUCGUUCGGUCAACAUCCACUAGUACCAGACGAUCGACAAUGGCAGACCUUAGCAGCAAGGACGUCGAAAGGGCAGAGUUCGCUUUCUCCAUUUACGACUCGGACGGCACCAACGUCAUCGAUGCAGUUGAUCUUGGUAACGUCCUUCGCGCUUUGAACUUGAACCCCACGAAUGCGACCAUCGAAAAAAUGGGCGGCACAAAGAAGAAGGGUGAAAAGAAAAUGAAACUGGACGAAUUCCUACCUAUCUUCAGCCAGUGCAAAAAGGAUAAGGAGCAAGGAUGCUAUGAGGACUUCCUCGAGUGUUUGAAGUUGUACGACAAACAGGAAAACGGAACGAUGCUCGGCGCAGAAUUGUCUCACACACUUCUGUCACUUGGUGAACGUCUUAAUGAUGAGGAAUGCGAUACAGUGCUGAAGGAUUGCAUGGACCCAGAAGACGAAGACGGUUUCAUCCCCUAUGCCCCCUUCUUGAAGAAGAUGAUGGUACUGUUGUAAGCGGUUGAGGCGUUAUCGAGACAAUAAUCAUCCAUUCGUUCCUUCGUAGACUGUGUGAGAGGGCGGCAGCAAGCGAUGAUUAGGAUGAACAUCUAUCUGCCAAGCCAUGUCGACGAUGGAUACAUUCGCCAUAUUCGCUCGUCACUAUUUUUUUCAUUUUCCUCCUCCCUCACUGGAUAAUGCGAGGAUCCACUUGACAAUCUACAUGUAAUACGCAAUACAAUCCUGGAAUCAGCAACAUCAAAGCGUUAACAUUUUAUCGAAGAAAA